GUUGAUGAAGCACAUGGCUCUUCUAUAUCUGAAGAGGAUGAUAACGUGGAUUAUAUACCUAUACCUGCUGAGGAAGAUUCAGAUUAUGUUAAUAAUGAGGAUCAGAAUCCUUCACCAUUGCUGAUAUUAUCACAAUUCAAGUAUUUUGAUAAGUCUUAUGCAAAAAUGAAAAAGACUCAAAAAUGGAUUUUAUCAACUGGAAUGUGUAUCAAGAAUGCUAUCUUCGAGCAUUGCAAUAAAUUAUCAAAUGAAUCACUCCUACAUUCAUGGAUCAUUGAUUUUAAUGAUCAGAAGACAGAGACACUAUUUACAGUUACAGAAUAG